CAUGGAGGUCCGGCCCGGCCCGGCCCGGGUGGCGACGCUCCGUCCUCUUUCUUUCUUGUGGACGGAUGUGCUCCCCGUCUCCAUCCCCAUCCGCCAUUUCGAAUUCCCCAUCCCCAUCUACAACGGCUCUCUCUCUCUCUCUCUCUACAAGAAGAGAAGAAAGAUUCGCCAUUGAUUCCGCCCGGGGCUCCGCAUCCGCCGCUCUCUCCACCCCGAGCUCCCCGGCGAGGCGGCAGCUGCUGGUGAGCGCCGCAGAUCCGGUUUCCAUGGAGGUGGAGGCGGUGGCAUCGGCGGCGCCGGCGCUGCCCGGAGCGGGAGACGGCGCCGUCAGGGUCGUCGCCAGGAUCUACCCCCCUUCUUCUGCCGCCACCACGACGGCGGCGCCAGCUCCUUCCGCGGGGACGUCGCUGUUCCAGGUCGCCGCCGCGCGGGGCCGCCGCCCGCGCGCCUCCGGGCCCGGCGCCGGCGCGACCCUCUCCUUCACCCCCGCAGCUCCGUCCACCACGUCCUCUUCCUCUUCGUCGCAAGGGAGGGCCGUCGCCGCCGCCGGCCAGCGCAAGGAGGAGCACAGGCUGGACUGGUGCUACCUGCAGGACGAGGACAACCACCAGGUCUUCCUCCACGAGCUGCACCCCAUCCUCGCCCACCACCUGCACAACCACACCCACACAACCGCCGGCAGCAGCGCCUGCGUCGUGGCCUGCGGCGCCGCCGCCGCCAAGGACCACCUCUUCAAGGGGUCGCAGGAGCAGCCGGGCCUGGUAACCAUCGCCAUGGAGGAGAUCCUCGGCUUCGCGGAGUCCAUCGGCGGCGCCGUCAGGGUGUCGUCGUACCAGGUGGUGCAGGACACCCACGUCUUGGAUCUGCUGGAGCCCAAGGAGCAGGAGGUGCUGGUGCUGGAGGACGCACAGGGCAAGACCCACCUCAAGGGCCUCUCCAAGGUUCAUGUCAAGUCGAUCGAGGAUUUCGCGCAGCUGGGUUGUUUCGAUGAGAACCAAGACAAGCAGCAGCCCACCAAAGCUUCUUCUACCCAGCAGCAACCCACUAAACCCUUUUCUACCCAGCCGCAACCCGCUAAAGCUUCUUCCACCCAGCUACCGGCCAGAGGGCACCAAGGCCUCAUCAUUCACAUAUCUACCUCUGACCAGGACGGCAAACAGCGUACUGUGGCCAAGAUCAACUUCCUCAGCCUCUCAGACUAUAUGGACCCCAAGCAGAAGACCGGCGGUGGAGCGGCCGCUCUGUCGAGCAGCGGCAACAAGUCCAUGUACACCUUGAUGAAUGUCGUGCAAGCGCUCAACAGCAACCAGAGCUUCGUGCCGUACAGGCAGAGCAAAGUUACUCGUAUCCUGCAGGACUCUUUGUGCAAGACGAGCGGGGCCGUGGUGAUCGCCUGCUUGGAAGAAGUUUCCUGCCAAGAUGCGGUUUCUACUCUCAGCCUGGCCGCUCGCUCGAGUCAAGUGGCCACUCAAGCGGCUAACGAGCAAUGCCGCAGAUCCACGAGUGUUACAAGUUUCAAAAGGGCAGAUGUUAACUUGCCAGCAGUUGCUAAAAGCUCCUCAAGGCCAAUUCUUUCUUCUACACACCAACCGAAUCCUGUGGUAGAGAAGCAGCAGGAUCGGCCCCAAUGGAACAUGAGCGCAGUAAAAGCAGCUCGAACUCCCAUUGCCAAUAAGAGGUCUCAACCAACCAUGCAUUCGGCAAAAAAAUCUGAAAACUCGCUCCCUACUCCUAUCAAAAUUACCCAAAAGGCUGCUACACCCACAAUGAGUGGAAGGUCUCAACCAAUCACGCUUUCAGCAAAAAAACCUGAAAGCACGGUCUCUCCUCCAACCAAAAUGAAGCAAAAGGAUGCCAAACCUGCAAUGAGUGGAAGGUCUCAAGUGAUGAUGCGCUCAGCAAAGAAAACUGAAAGCUCGCUUUCUGCUUCUAUCAAAACGAAGCAAAAGGAUGCUAAACCUACUGCAACGAGUGGAAGUACCUUGUUAUGCCCAAGCACCAAUUCAUCAAAGGAAGAGGCAGCAGUCAUUGCACCAGCAGCAACAGAAGUCGAGGAGGUACAAUCGUCACAGGGCAUGGAAAUCGAUGCUCCAUCAACAGAUGAGGGAUUGGAUAAAACAAGCGAUGCUUUAGAUACUGUGCCAUCUGAAGUACAGAAGGUGGUCUCAAGGGGUGUGGCAAUCGAUGCCCAAUCUACAGAUGAGGGACUUGAUAAAACAAGCGAUGCUCUGGAUACCGCAUCAUCUGAAGUACAGAAGGUGGUCUCAAGUGGUAUGGAGGAAGAGGACUAUUCGUCGUCAGGUCUGGAUGCGGCGAGUUCGUGUACCAUUGACUUGGGCGAAACCUGCUCUCCAAACAUUCCUGAUGCCUUUGUCGAGAAGACUCCAGUCAAAACUCAUAUGAACACUCCAAAGAUCAGCGACAAGCUGAGAGAGAUAUCAAACUCACUGAAGCUUCUUAAUGCUCGUCCAUUGAGCGUAAUGGCACAAAAGGUGGCCAUGGAAAAGACACAAGAAGAGGGCAUGGAGAAGACACAAAAAGUGGCCAUGGAAAAGACAGAAGAAGUGGCCAUGGAGACGACACAAGAAGUGGCCAUGGAGACGACACAAGAAGUGGCCAUGGAGACGACACAAGAAGAGGGCAUGGAGACGACACAAGGAGUGGCCUUGGAAAAGACACAAGAAGAGGGCAUGGAGAUGACAGAAGGAGUGGCCAUGGAGACAACACAAGAAGAGGGCAUGGAGACGACACAAGAAGAGGGCAUGGAGAUGACACAAGAAGUUGCCACUGGAGCGACACAGGAAGAGGAGGGCAUGGAGACGACACAAGAAGUUGCCACUGGAGCGACACAGGAAGAGGAGGGCAUGGAGACGACACAAGAAGUUGCUGUUGAAACAGCACAAGAAGUUGCUGUUGAAGCAGCACAAGAAGUGGCCAUUGAAAUGACACAAGAGGUUGCCACUGGAACGACACAGGAAGUGGCCAUUGAAACAACACAAAAAGUGGCUGUUGAAACAACACAAGUGGCCGUUGAAACGGCACAGGAAGUGGCUGUUGAAACAACGCAAGAGGUGGCUGUUCAAACAACACAGGAAGUGGCCGCUGAAACGACACAGGAAGUGGCUGUUGAAACAGCACAAGAAGUGGCUGUUCAAACAACACAGGAAAUUGCCACUGAAACAACAAGACAAGAAGUGGGCAUGGAAUAUGUGCAGGGUGGGACCAACAUAGAUGCACCUGAACCAAAGACUCCUGCGAUGCACCUCAAGUUUGAGCAAGCAGCAGAUCCAAAGACUCCUGCGAUGCACCUCAAGUUUGAGCAAGCAGCAGAUUAUCCGGCUAGUUCUUUCAAGACUCGCAGCACCGGGAUAAAGAAAUCCAUACUCCAGGAGUGCUUGAGUUUUCUCAACAGCGCUAACAAGGAGCAAUUGAAGAGCUUGAAGGGCAUCGGAGAGAAGAGGGCCAACUACAUCAUCGAGCUUCGCGAGCAUUCACCGGAGCUGUUUAAAGGGGUGGAUGAUCUGAGGGAUGUGAUUGGAAUGAACAAGACGGAGAUAAAAAGGAUGAUGUCGGGGAUCAUCGGCAGCCCCUAAUCCGCUAAUAUGUUGGUGUUGUUGGUUGUUGGUUGUUGGUUGUUGAGAAAGAAGAAAGACCAAGAGAAGAGAAGUGCAUUGUAAUAACUGGUGUUUUUGGUGGUUUGGUCCUCUGAAUCAUCAUCUGCAUCUGCAUUUUGUGGUUCAUGAAUGAAUGAAUGAAUGGAUGCAGUGAGUAGGCAACAGAAUAUAUUUGUUGCAGUGUUAGUUAAUUAGUAGGAGUAUAUUUGUUGAGAGCAGUUGAUUACGUAUAUUAUACACUCUGAAGAAAGUACUGAAUGGAAGGCAACGCUUGCUUUUGCUGAA